UUUAAAAAACCAUUGGGUUAUUAGCGCGAAAUUAUAUGAAUUCAAUUGAUCAAUGAUUAAAAUAUAUUUAUUGCAACAGUCUAAUUCGGAUGAUACAGAAAUUGGCCUAUGGAAGGAUGGUCGUAUUCCAUACUUGUUAGAUGAAUACUUGAUGAACCAUCAUAAAGGCAUUAUAUUAGAAGCAAUGAAUGAUUUUCACAUGCAUACAUGUAUACGUUUCAUUCCAUAUGAAUCAAAACAUAAGUAUUAUAUGUAUAUGAAAAAGGGAAAGAAAUAUUCCACUUAUCCUGGAAUCAAUGUUGUAAAUAAUAAAACGGAAGUUGUUUUAGAUCUCGAUUAUGAACACGAAACGAAACGAAAUAAAACCAAAAUCAAAACCCAAACCAAAAUGGAACGUUUAAGAGCCAUUAGACAUGAAUUAGCUCAUGUAGUUGGUCUAUUCCAUGAGCAUCAACGACCUGAUCGUGAUAAUUUUAUCGAAACAAUACAAAAAUCUUGUUCAUGCACUUUAUUAAUUAACAACAGUGACUGGAAUUGUAAUCCACUCACUAAAAUUUCUUACUUUAGUAUGAAUAAGAAUAUUCGAAAUCCAAUCGUAACAAUUGUUGACACAAACAUAUCUGAAUGGUUUAAUCAUGUUGUUGAUCAAGAAUCGAUCACCUUUUACCCUGAUUGCUUUAUACAAAAAGAUUCACAACCAAUGCCAAUAGUUUUUAAAUAUGAAUUAAGUAAUUAUGAUAUACAAAAGAUAAAAAAACUAUACAACUGUAAAUAGAAAAUCAGAAAUAUUUAUUACUUUCGAAUGAUCUGUAUCCGUAAAUGUUGUUUCGUCCAUUUUUGAUAAAUUACACAGACAUAUAGUGUAUAUAAACUAAUG